AUGCAAAAGUCGAGCAAAAGAAUCAAGUUAGAGAGAGAAAUCUUUUCUAAGUCAAUCAAGGACAUCGAGAAAAUGUUUAGUUGUCCUAUUGGAGAGGAUGAGGAACGCUUCCACAAACAGACUUCAACUCUGGCAUCAGCUCUGUUAAAUAACAACAGACUGGAUAUCUUCAGUGAAAGCAUAUUGAGAAAGACGGGGUUCGAGUAUGAUUGUGUCAACCUCCUGCUAAUGGAUUCCCAAAGUGAACCAGAAGAACCGGAACUUGAAGAACCGGAGGAACCCGAACAGCACCUCACCAAGAUUCAGAACCUACAAGUACCCGUAUUACCCUCGUCCACCCUAAUACCCGGACAUCUACCGCAGGCGGCACCAAGUCCGAGCCACAUUCCGUUCGAUUUGCGAGACGAUUAUGACUUUUUUGAUGCUGUGGACGCUGCAGGUGCUGUGGUGCCUGAUAUGAAGCUACACUAUCACAACAACUUGGAAAGAGACUUGAAAAUCAUUGAUCAGAUGUUUUCAAAUUCCCUUCAUUCAAUUCUGGGUGUCUAA